AUGAAGUCUGUACGCUUGAUGCAUGCCCUGUGCAGGCGUGUCCAGCACACAUUCCUGGCCAGACGCAGAGAUGUGGAACAGCGACGGCACUACGCCGAGAAAUGUGACUCGGUGAUCAAAGGCGUUGUGGUGGGCGUGUACGCCAAGAAGGGCGACCGCCAGCCCAAGAUGACACCAUCCGGCGAGAAGUUUGACGAUCGCGUCCAGGGUAAGAUCACUGAUCUAAUACGCGAGACGGGCCUGAGUGGCCAGCUGGGAAAAGGCCGUGUCUUUAUGAACGUGGAUGCGGAGUUCCGUGCGGUGGCCGUGGUAAGCGUGGGACAGGAGGGGGCCGGCUUCAACGACCUGGAGAUGAUCGACGAGGGAAUGGAGAACACUCGCGUCGCUGCCGGCGUGGGGGCUCGUGCCCUUCAACUGCAGGGCUGCACAGAUGUCUUCGUGGAGUCGAUGGAGUAUGCGGAGCAGGCGGCCGAGGGGAGCGCCUUGGCCGUCUGGCGCUACAACACCAACAAGCGCCGUCGGGACCGCACACUCAUUUCCAAACUGGAGCUGUACGACUCUCCCGACUCGGAUGCCUGGAUGCGGGGCCGAGCCGCCGCCGGCCUAUCGCUGCCCCUAAACAUAACGGCACUGCUGCCGCUGUGCGAGAACAUGCCCUCCGGAAUGGCGGCCAAGCCUGGCGACGUGGUGUCCCCCUCAAUGGCAAAACUCUCGGCUUCGUGGACGUCAGCAAGGCUGGUGUGA